ACCCGCGAGUCCCCUCACCCAGCAGCUGCGGCGGCGCGAGCAGGAGAAGAGGAGCAGCAGCGGCAGCCGGAGCCGCCGGCGCCACCGCCACCAUGGGUAUCUCGCGUGACUCCAUGCACAAGCGCCGGGCCACCGGUGGGAAGCAGAAGGCGUGGAGGAAGAAGCGAAAGUAUGAGCUUGGUCGCCAGCCGGCAAACACCAAGCUGUCGAGCAACAAGACAGUGAGGAGGGUCCGUGUUCGUGGAGGUAAUGUUAAGUGGAGGGCUCUUCGCCUGGAUACUGGUAACUAUUCUUGGGGAAGUGAGGCUGUCACUCGCAAGACUCGUAUCCUUGAUGUUGUCUACAACGCAUCAAACAAUGAGCUUGUGAGGACCCAGACCCUUGUGAAGAGUGCCAUUGUGCAAGUGGAUGCUGCUCCAUUUAAGCAGUGGUAUCUCACUCACUAUGGUGUUGAUAUCGGUAGGAAGAAGAAGGCUCCUGCUGCUAAGAAGGAUGCCGUUGAGGGGCAAGAGGGUGAGGCUGCUGCAGAAGAAACAAAGAAGAGCAACCAUGUUGUGAGGAAGCUUGAGAAGCGUCAGCAAGGGCGCACUCUGGACCCACACAUUGAAGAGCAAUUUGGUAGUGGAAGGCUGUUGGCCUGCAUUUCCUCCCGGCCUGGGCAAUGUGGCAGAGCUGAUGGGUACAUCCUGGAGGGCAAAGAGCUCGAGUUCUACAUGAAGAAGCUCCAGAGGAAGAAGGGCAAGGGUGCUGCAGCUUAGGGCAUUCUCUUGAGUGUGUUUUAGGCUCUAAAGCCUUGCCUAUUUAUUCACUGGAUUUUGUUAGUCGUUUGUGCGCGUCUAUGUCGUGUCUGCAGACCUAUUACUGAACACCGAUUUUAUGAAAGAAUGGAUCAACUCUAGCUUUGGAAAGAACCGAGCAUUUUCAC